UAAAUAUUUUAAAACUAAUUUGUUUUCUGUUUUAGAAAGAAUAUACAGGCAGUUCCCAAGUUACUAACGAGAUAGGUUUUGUAGGUGUGUUUUUAAGUUGAAUAUAUUUGUAAGUCAAAACAGGUAGUUUUUUGAAGUGUAAUUUAGCCAAAUGUGUGUGUGUGAGAGUGUGUGUGUGUGUGUGUGUGUGUGUGUGAGGGGCCAUGGUGGAGCAGAAGGUUAAACCGCUAAGCUGCAGAACUUGCUGACUGAACGGUCAGUGGUUCAAAUCCACGGGACAGGGCGAACUCCUGUUGGUUGCCCCAGCUUCAGCCAAACUCGGAGUCCAAAAACAUGCAAAUGCGCACUGACCAGUGCUAGGGACUGUAUGCAGCCAAAGGGCCAAGCAGCUGACCCAAGAACACUGCUAGCUGCCUGGAAUUGGUUGAAGAGAACUUCUUCUUUCAACAAGUGAGCAAGUGACAUUUGUGAGACAUGUCUACUGAGGAUGAGAAACCCGAAAACCAGCCCCCUGACCCUCCACCAGAUUCCAAGUGGAAGCUCCUGGUCUUCUACCUCUGUUUCUAUGGCUUCAUGGGCCAGAUCCGACCUGGAGAGAGUUUCAUCACGCCGUACUUAUUGGGAGCAGAGAAGAACUUCACAAAAGAAGAGGUCACCAAUGAAAUCACCCCUGUUCUCUCCUAUUCGUACAUGGUGGUGCUGGUGCCCAUCUUCCUGCUGACUGACUAUCUGCGGUACAAGCCAGUGCUGGUGCUGCAGUGCUUGAGCCACAUCUCCAUCUGGCUGCUGCUGAUCUUUGGCACCAAUGUCCUAGCCAUGCAGUUCAUGGAAUUCUUCUAUGGCAUCACGAUGGCUGCCCGGGUGGCCUACUCCUCCUACAUCUUCUCCCUGGUUGCCCCAUCGCGUUAUCAGCGGAUGGCCAGUUACUCUCGCUCCUCCGUCCUGAUGGGUGUCUUCAUCAGCUCUGUGCUUGGACAGCUCUGUCUCAGCAUCGGGGGCACCACUUUCAUGACUCUCAACUAUAUUUCUCUGGGCUUCAUGUGUUUUGCAUUGGUGCUCACCCUGUUCUUGAAGCGCCCUAAGCGCAGCCUCUUCUUCAACAGAAGCGACCCCGUGUGCAAUGGCACAUCUCCUUCUGAGCUGGACAAGAUGAACCCUGGGAAGCCGGGGUGGCAGAAGGCCUCAGCUUGGCAGAAUAUGGUCAUUAUCCGGAUGUUAAAGGAGCUGGCAUCCAUUGUGCGUUUGCCUCAGCUGAGGCUUUGGUCUCUCUGGUGGAUAUUCAAUUCUGCCGGCUACUACUUGAUACUGUAUUAUGUGCAUAUUUUGUGGAAUGACAUUUACUCUACCACCGAUAACAGAAAAGUCUACAACGGAGGUGUGGAAGCUGCUUCUACACUCCUUGGUGCCAUCACCUCCUUUGCUGCUGGAUAUGUGAAAAUCCGCUGGACGGUCUGGUCAGAGCUCAUGAUUGCUGUCGUGACGGCAUUCCAGGCAGGCUUGCUUUUGCUGAUGAGCACAACAGGCAACAUCUGGCUAUGUUAUACAGGCUACAUCCUUUUCCGGGGUUCCUACCAGUUUCUGGUCCCCAUAGCUAUCUUUCAGAUUGCAACUUCCCUCUCCAAAGAACUCUGUGCGUUGGUGUUUGGAAUCAACACUUUCCUUGCCACAGUUCUCAAGACUAUCAUCACCAUCAUCAUAACAGAUAAAAGGGGCCUGGCUCUUUCAGUCCACCCUCAGUUCUAUGUGUACUUUGGCUACUUCACACUCCUUGCUGUGGUGUACCUUGCAGCAAGCUUGUAUGUGGCCAUGAGGCACAAUGUGUGCAGAAAGCCGCAAGAGGCGCCACCCGCGGAGGAACUCUGCAGCCCAGUUGUGGAAACCCUGGGCAAGGACAAAAAUACAGAGCUGGCUAGCUCCGAAGCCUGAGAAACCCAACGGAUGGCAGAGAAGAGAGGGAUCUCCAUGCACGCUCCCAAUUAGGACGGGACUGAGCCUUACUCGCAUGACAAUCAGCACAUACAAGGUCAAGACACCUUUGAUUUCCAGAAUAUCAUGUUGCUGUAGAAACGAAGGAGAUAAAAGCAGUGCUUGACAUUAAGAAAAGGAACAUGCAGUGUGUAGCUGACAGACUGCAGAUUCCUGCACUUGGUCUGGGUCUUCAGUGUACAGUCAUUCCACUGCCCCACAUAUUGACCAAAGCUGCCAUUUGCAGGGACAGCAUUGCUGAAUCUGUGGGUGUGCAUUCAGCAAUCGUGGAUUUGAUUUUAAAUGUUGCUGUUACUCCUCUUCACCUACAGGGGAGCCAACGGACAGGGCAAGCACUUUUUUUUUUUUACAAAUAGACAAAGUUGUUUUAACUUUUUCAAAGUUUCUGUAUUAAUUUGACACCAGUAAAUGUACUGCGCUGGAA